AUGGAAACGAAUCCCAGGACAUGGGUCAUUGUAGGUGCUUCUCGAGGAAUUGGCCUGGAGCUCGUCAAGCAACUGUUGGAGCGCGGGGAGCAGGUCGUCGCGGCCGUGCGCAAGUUAUCUGCCGCUCCCAAGCUGUUCGAGUUGAUCGAGUCGCAGAGGGCUCGGGACAGAUGCACGGUUGAGCAAUGUGAUAUCGCGAGCGAUGAAAGCAUAAGCAGAUUCGUCGGCAAGAUCAGCGACGCCGUCAACACCAAGCGCAUGACGCUGGGCAACGUCGUCCUCAACGCGGGCGUGCUGCAGUAUCCCAACCGGGCCACCGAGCUCUCCUUUGCGGAUUUCGCCCUUCAUCUUCACACCAAUACCAUCGGGCCCAUCAUCUGCGCGCAGAAGCUGCUCAAUAUAAGCAUCGACGCCCCGCCGCCCAAGAUCAUCUUCAUCUCGUCCGACUCUGGGUCGGCGUCUCAGUUCCCAGAGUUCGAGGACGGGUUCGGCGCGUACGCGGCCAGCAAGAGCGCGCUGAACCAGAUGAUGCGGCACAUGGCGGCCGAGCUGGGGAGGUCGGAGACGAAGAAGCGCGAGACGGUGGUUUUGGCGCUUCAUCCCGGGGAGGUGGCGACUGACAUGGCCGACAUUCAACUUAGUUGGGAGGUGAAGGGCUCCAUCAGCCCCGCGGAGAGUGUGUCCGGCAUGCUGGGCGUGAUCGCGGAGAAGGGGGAAGCCGAUACGGGGACUUUCUGGUGUUGGAACGGCAUG